GUCUGGGGUGUCAUACACCCGCCAGGUGGACAGCGGGUUAUCACUUGUUCAUUGGAUGGCUCCCUGCGAGUGUGGGACUUGAGGAGUGGGAAACAGAUAGGAGCAGACUGGAGAGACGGAGAAAAAGAAACAAACAGUAUAGCGUUGUCUCCGGACGGGAAGAAAGUGGUUAGCGGUAGUUCGGAUGGUGUAGUGAGGUUGUGGGAUAUCGACACAGGCAAGGUCAUCGUUAAAUGGACGGGGCACACAAAGGACGUGUCGUCUGUCUCCUGGAGUCGAGAUGGUCGAUGUGUGUUGAGCGGAUCCUGGGACGGGACUGCGAGGCAGUGGGACGUUGAAAGCGGAGAGACAAUCCUCAAGCCGAUCGAGACUGGGCACAAUCAAGUGUGGGCAGUCGUGUAUUCCCCAGACAUGACCUUGAUUGCGACUGGUGGAUGGGAAGAACCCUUGAUUGGAAAACCCGAGUACUCAGUCAAAAUCUGUAACACAAAGACAGGCAAGCUUGUCGCAACUCUUAAAGGACAUACCAACGCAGUGACUUGCCUGGCUUGGACCAAGGACGGAAAAGCGCUCAUCUCUGGGUCAUGGGAUAACUCCAUUAGGACAUGGAAUACAACCAAGUGGGAGCAAACCGCGGUUCUGCUUGAACACAUUUAUGCUGUCUAUGCCCUUGCAAUAUCUCCGAAUGGCUGCAUCCUCGCAAGCGCAUCGCGUGACCACACAGCACGAUUGUGGAACCUCGACAAUGGACAACCCAUCAGUUUACCCCUCCAGCAUGCAGAGGAAGUGAACUGCGUGUCUUUUUCCGCGGAUGGAAAGCGACUAGCCACUGGUUGCGAUGACAAAAACGCAUACAUGUGGGAUAUUGCUGAG